UAAUUUGGUAUGGCGUGUGUGUGGGUUAAAAGGUAAGAAGAGAUAAGGCAAACGCAAUCGCAAUGGCAACGGCAACGGCAACGACAGCGGCAGCUUCUGCGCUAUCGUUUCGGAAGAGCUUCGGCGUUAACAGUAACACAGCGUGUGCCUCUUCGCUUGGCUUCCUGAACUCUCAGUUGACAGGCCUCAGAAUCUGCUCCCCAAAAUCUACCAUUGCUUCCCCAUUGGUAUUACCCCCCACACCCCUCCCCAUCGUCGCAAGGAGAGUGUGCCCCUUCACUGGGAAGAAAGCCAACAGGGCUAACAAAGUCUCCUUUUCGAACCACAAGACGAAGAAGCUGCAGUUUGUGAAUCUUCAGUACAAGAGAAUUUGGUGGGAAGCGGGGAAGCGCUAUGUAAAGCUUCGUUUGUCCACUAAGGCGUUGAAAACCAUAGAGAAGAAUGGACUCGAUGCUGUUGCAAAGAAGGCUGGAAUCGAUCUUAGGAAGAAGUAACCCUCUCUGCAUAUGAUUGUAAGAAUAAUUCAUAAUUCAUUGCUUUUAUUUGUAGAUUUCUUUCUGUCUUUUUAUGCAUUAUUUUUGAGGAUUAGGUUUGAUUCUAGCCAUGCUGCAGAAACUAAAUUUGGUGAGGUUGAAUCUCAUGAAUUGAAACCUCUUUAAUGAUCAGCGUUUAUAGUUUGC